AAGGCUGUCUUCUGAAGCCCUGUGGAGCUCAGUGCCUGCCACAUGGUUGCCCACAUUUGUUGAACUGAACUGCAUUUUCACCUAUGGGCUUCAAAGGCUGUAUGUACUCUGGGAUCUCUGGGAAUCUGUCAGGGAAGGUGUCUUUGUCAUGUUUGUGGAUGGGGCUGCCUUUGGGGGUUUCCCAGGGCUUUACACUCAUGCUCCGAGGGUACGUUUGUAGUCAUUCUCAUCAGUGGAAAUGCCCACCUGCCGGCAGAAGUUAUUUGGAACCAAGCAAGAGCACUGUCCCUGGCUGUGGUGGUGUUUCUCUAGUCAGUUCCCCUUUCUGUAUUUGAGUUCUACCGUCAGUCCUGGCAUUAUUUCUCUCUCUACAAGGAGCCUUAGGAGGUACGGGGAGCUCGCAAAUACUCCUUUUGGUUUAUUCUUACCACCUUGCUUCUGUGUUCCUUGGGAAUGCUGCUGUGCUUAUGCAUCUGGUCUCUUUUUGGAGCUGCAGUGGACAGGCAUUUGUGACAGCACUAUGGGACUGAGUAACACUCUCUUUGUGAUGGCCUUCCUGCUCUCUGGUGCUGCUCCCCUGAAGAUUCAAGCUUAUUUCAAUGAGACUGCAGACCUGCCAUGCCAAUUUGCAAACUCUCAAAACCGAAGCCUGAGUGAGCUAGUAGUAUUUUGGCAGGACCAGGAAAACUUGGUUCUGAAUGAGGUAUACUUAGGCAAAGAGAAAUUUGACAGCGUUCAUUCCAAGUAUAUGGGCCGCACAAGUUUUGAUCCAGACAGUUGGACCCUGAGACUUCACAAUCUUCAGAUCAAGGACAAGGGCUUGUAUCAAUGUAUCAUCCAUCACAAAAAGCCCACAGGAAUGAUUCGCAUCCACCAGAUGAAUUCUGAACUGUCAGUGCUUGCUAACUUCAGUCAACCUGAAAUAGUACCAAUUUCUAAUAUAACAGAAAAUGUGUACAUAAAUUUGACCUGCUCAUCUAUACACGGUUACCCAGAACCUAAGAAGAUGAGUGUUUUGCUAAGAACCAAGAAUUCAACUAUCGAAUAUGAUGGUGUUAUGCAGAAAUCUCAAGAUAAUGUCACAGAACUGUACGACGUUUCCAUCAGCUUGUCUGUUUCAUUCCCUGAUGUUACGAGCAAUAUGACCAUCUUCUGUGUUCUGGAAACUGACAAGAUACGGCUUUUAUCCUCACCUUUCUCUAUAGAGCUUGAGGACCUUCAGCCUCCCCCAGACCACAUCCCUUGGAUUACAGCUGUAUUUCCAACAGUUAUUAUAUGUGUGAUGGUUUUCUGUCUAAUUCUAUGGAAAUGGAAGAAGAAGAAGCAGCCUCGCAACUCUUAUAAAUGUGGAACCAACACAAUGGAGAGGGAAGAGAGUGAACAGACCAAGAAAAGAGAAAAAAUUCAUAUACCUGAAAGAUCUGAUGAAGCCCAGCACGUUUUUAAAAGUUCGAAGACACCUUCAUGUGACAAAAGUGAUACAUGUUUUUAAUUAAAGAGUAAAGCCCAUACAAGUAUUGACUUUUUCUACCCUUUCCUUUGUAAGUUUCUGGGCAACCUUUUUGAUUUCUUCCAGAAGGCAAAAAGACAUCACCAUCAGUAGUAAGGGGGCUCCAGGACUCCCUCUAAGUGGAAUAGCCUCCCUGUAACUCUAGUUCUGCUCCGUAUGCCAAGAGCAGACUUUAAUUCUCUUAUUGCUUCUUUCCACUUCAGAGCACACUUAUGGGCCAAGUCCAGCUUAAUGGUUCAUGUCCUGGAAAUAAAAUUUAGGACGAAUACCUCCUCCAGAUCGGAUUCUUCUCUUAAUUUCAUAGAUUGUGUUUUUUUUUUUUUUUUUUUUUUUUUAAAAUAGAACUCUCAAUUUCUGGAAAACUGCCUUUUAUCUGCCCAGAAUUCUAAGCUGGUGCCCCACUAAAUCUUGUGUACCUGUGACUAAACAACUACCUCCUCAGUCUGGGUGGGAGUUAUGUAUUUAUGACCUUUCAGUGUUAAUAUUUUGAAACACAGAGAUCUGUGUACUGUAAUAGUGUGAUUACUAUGCUCUAGAGAAAAGUCUACCCCUGCUAAGGAGUUCUCAGCUCUCUGUCAGGGUCAGUAAGUACUAGGGCACAGGCAACAAUGAGCAGACCGACUUAAAUUUGGGGAAAUUAGGAGAGGCGGAGAUAGAACCUGGAGCCACUUCUGUCUGGGCUGUUGCUAAUAUUGAGGAGGCUUGCCCUGCCUAACAAGCCCUAGUGGAGAGAACUGAAUAAACAGGAAAAUGCUGGAGCUUGUGAACCCUGUUUCUCUUGAAAAACUGACUAGUGAGAUGGCCUGGGGAAGCUGUGAAAGAACCAAAAGAGAUCACAAUACUCAAAAGAGAGAGAGAGAAAAAAAAAGAGAGAUCUUGAUCCACAGAAAUACAUGAAAUGUCUGGUCUGUCCGCCCCAUCAACAAGUCUUGAAACAAGCAACAGAUGGACACUCUGUCCAAAUGGACUUAAGACAGACAGCAGUUUCCCUGGUGGUCAGGGAGGGGUUUUGGUGAUACCCAAGUUAUUGGGAUGUCAUCUUCCUGGAAGCAGAGCUGGGGAGGGAGAGCCAUCAUCUUGAUAAUGGGAUGAAUGGAAGGAGGCUUAGGACUUCCCACUCCUGGCUGAAAGAGGAGGAGCUGCAAUGGAAUUAGGAAGACCAAGACGCAGAUCACCCAGAGGCUUACUUAGCCUACAGAUGUCCUACGGGAACAUGGGCUGGCCCAGCACAGGGCUAGCAAAUUUGAGUUGGAUGAUUGUUUUUGCUCAAGGCAACCAGAGGAAAAUUGCGUACAGAGACGGAUAUACUGGGAGAAAUGACUUCGGAAACCUGGCUCUAAGGUGGGAUCAGUAAGGGAUGGGGCAGUCUCUGCCCAAACCUAAAGAGAACUCUGGGGGGCCUGGGCCACAAAAAUGUUCCUUUAUUUUACGUAAACCCUCAAGGGUUGUAGACUGCCAUGCUAGACAAGCUUGUCCAUGUAAUAUUCCCAUGUGUGUACCCUGCCUCUGCCUUGAUUAGACUCCUAGCACCUGGCUAGUUUCUAACAUGUUUUGUGCAGCACAGUUUUUAAUAAAUGCUUAUUACAUUCA